GUGGUUACGUCAUAGAUAUGGAUAUUUACAUUUUAAGGAUCUUCUUAAAGAGAAACGAACCAACCGAUCGAUGAUCCGUUAAGAAACCACAGUAAUGCAGGACUAAUUAUAAUGGGGUGUUAGUAGCCCGCUCAUGUAAGGGAUACAAUAACUGCCCGGGCGCUUAUAUUGAUAGUGUGUUGUUUUGUUAAUUCUAAAAUUGAAAUAAUAUUUUGAUGUUAAAAAGCUGACGAAUUGAAAACAUCGUUCCCCAUAACGGGCCUCUUUCAUACGCUGAGGUCACAUUUACAAAUGCAUUUAUAAAGCUGUCAUCUCACUUCUGUAACACAUCUGUGUAUCAUAGUAAUCAAGAUGUCUCCUCGACAUGGAAUGGGACUAAUACAAUGUUACCUGAUAGUGAUUUGGACAUUAUUGAUGACGUCAUCAGGAGUGAUCAUUUCCCCGAGCCAAUGCGUUGGAGGACAGAACUUUCUGACGUCAUCAGCAACCUACACCGAUCUGGUCAUCAGUGGAGCUUUCAGUUCAGACCACAUUUGUACUGUAGUGAUACAAAAUGAGGACUGCGGCGGGGGGGUAGAAGUGGAUGAUAAAAUCUGGAGUACUAUACGCCACAUGGAUUCAGUGGGCAUCUAUGAUGGGCCUUCUGCGCAAUAUCCGUCUAUUGAAAAAUACGUCAGGGACAACAAUCGGAUGUAUUCUCAUUAUCGUCGUCAUCGUUAUGGUUUUGAAGCCAGGAGGUCAUCUGGAAGAUUUACUACUGUAGUUGUCCUGUUCCCACAAAACUCCCACAGCCGCCGAUUCUUUACACUACGUUAUCGUAAUACACCCAAAGGUGCAUUGCCUACAAACGCUGGGAACAGUGUAACUAUUGGAAACUCUGUAUCUGAUACCUGUGGGAAGGUAACUCUAAUAGCCGUCCAGAAACCAAACUUCAUUACAUCUCCCGGAUACCCAAGAGAAUACAGCAAUUCAUUGGAUUGUAAAUGGAAUAUCAUCUCCGAUGACAUAUGUAAUGAUGACGUCAUACAGGUCACUAUUCAUGCACUGUCAAUAGAAGAAACUUACGACCACCUCGUCAUCUAUGACGGUGAUAGCGAGUUUGACCCAGUGCUGGCCAAGUUAUCAGGGCACGAAGAGCCACAGGUCAUCAUGGCGUCCGGAAAUUCCAUUGUUAUCGAGUUUAAGACAGACGACACUGCACCGGGACGAGGAUUUCAUCUGGCUUACAGCCGGACUAGGGCAACGCCUUCUCUAUCACAGACGGUCACCAUCAAAAAGACAGAGCACGUGGCGGUGAUGUCCAUGAAUUUUAUAUCUAGUACCCAACACCGCGCGGUGUAUUGGAGUAAAAAUGACGUCAUCAUUCCAGAAGACAACACCCACACACUGACCUUGACCCCAACUAAGGUCACCAGUGAGCGUGACCCUGAUGUGGCUGUGGACGGUUUUAGAACCACGCUCAGGAUCACGGAACCAAACACACGUGACUUCGGCAUGUACAAAGUGGCCGUGGUAAACGUUUUCGGUAUCAGCGAGCGUACUGUACUUCUCAAGAGGGGACUAUCACUAUCAGGUCACAUCUCUAAUANCGUCAACGUUUCCUACAACGACGGUUCCGCUUUCCUGAACGUGACGUUCACCUCCUACUACCCUUACAUCAAUGUGAAGUGGUACUUCGGACGAGAGGAAGUCCGGGAAAACCACCCGGUCAACAAGUACGUCAUCCAAACUGACCUGGCCGGUGACGUCAUCGACUCCAAUCCAGUGGUGCGAACAGAAGAAACAAAAUCCACCAUGCUGACGGUCACGUGUGUAUCAGAGGACGAUUAUGGGAUGUAUAGCGUGUUGGUGACGAACAAGGCGGGAAAAGCAGUGAUUCCAGUGAAGUUGGCCAGGCACGACGAAGGUAUCCCAAAGAUGGUUCGGGAAAUGGUUACUUACAUCUCAAAUUCAACAGCAGAAAUGUAUGCUACGUUCCAUUCCUCGUCGGGAUAUAGGCGCAUUAGAUGGUUGAAGCAAGAUAAGGAAAUAAGACACGAUUCGUCAAAAUACCUGAUCGACAACGUGGACAUCGACAUCGAAAUCACAUCAAAUGGAGAAAAGGUUGAACCAACCGGAACAGUAACGAAGUUGAGUGUGACGUCACUUGAUGAAAAGGAUUACGGCCUCUACAACGUACAGAUAUACAACGACGUUGGUAUGACCGACCGCUCAGCGACACUGAAUGAAGAAUGUGGUCGUAACUAAAAUAAACUCCUGGAAUGAUGCUAAGUGUAUAGAACUCCUGGUAUGAUGCUAAGUGUAUAGAACUCUUGAAUAUGCGCCAAUAUGCUACACCAAA